UGUUGAUGCUGCGGCAGCGUCACGGCGGAUGGAGUUCUAACCCUUGCGAAUUGUUUAAAAAAAGCGCAGGCGUCGUUUGUGAACGGAUCUUAAUACUUUUAAUGCGUGUCGUAAUCUCUCCGUCUUGUGAGCGUUUUGGUGUGCGUCCACGCGUAUGCGUUUUGCUAAUAGUUUGUGUUUAAAAGUCGUGGAGUUAUUGCUCAUAUCGACGUGGAUUUUGCGAGUGAAUCUGCCUCGGCUUGUUGAAUUUUAGGAAGAAGGUCCAUCGCCUGAAACGUCACCUUUUUUUUACCAGAGGUGAUUCGUAAUGGCCGGCUUGGUGCUGUUCGCGUCCUCAUGUGUCGUGGGGCUCCUCGUCAUCAUCGGUCUCGUCCUGUUCGUCACACGGAGAAGCCAGCACCCAGGAGAGCCUCCUCUUGAUAAAGGCCUCAUCCCAUGGCUGGGUCAUGCCAUCGAGUUCCGGAGAAACAUGUACACCUUCCUGCGGCGCAUGCAGCGCAAGCACGGAGACACCUUCACGGUGUGCUUGGGCGGGAAGUACAUCACGUUCAUGCUGGACCCACACGAUAUGGCGGCCGUGGCGCGCGAACCACGCUCCGCGCUUGACUUCAAAGCAUUUGCACGCCAGCUCGUCUUGGUCGUCUUUGGCGUAAACAUCAAGGUCGAGUACCAUACGGCCACCAGCGCCCACAACGUUAGCCACUUGCAGGGCGACGGGCUGGUCGCCUUGACAGACGCCAUGAUGUCCCAGCUGCACCUGCUCAUGGGGCCAGGUUCAUUCAAUGAAGGAAACGGUCGUGGGGGGUGCGGGGGGCACGGGGACGCUAAGUGGCAUGAAUCCGGUCUCUUUGACUUCUGCUAUGGCAUCGUGUUCAGAGCCGGCUACCUGGCUUUGUUUGGCCAGGAACCGGGCGGGCCGGCAAGGCAGACCACACACUCCCUGGAGGUGUUCAAGGAGUUCCGCAAGUACGAUCAGCUGUUCCCCGCCAUCGCCACGUCCACGCUCUGGCCCGGCUCAGCCCAGCGGAAGGAAGCAGACCGACUCAAGUCGUGGUUCUGGGAGCACUUGACGGUGUCGCUGCUGCGUGUGCGUGAGCACGUCAGCCCCUGGAUCUUGGGCCGCGACGAAAAGCUUGUCGAGCUGCAGGCCGACAAAGAGACCCGGGAUCGCACCUUGUUCAUGCUGCUCUGGGCCUCUCAGGGUAACACGGGCCCCGCGGCGUUCUGGACGCUGGCGUAUCUGAUGAAGCACGCGGACGCCAUGGCUGCCGUGCGCGCCGAGGUGCAGCAGCUGCUGGAGGCGACGGGGCAGAGCGACGGCGCGGAGACGCGAGAGAUCUCGCUGACGCGCGACGUGCUCGUCAACACGCCCGUGCUUGACAGCGUGAUUGAGGAGAUGCUGCGCCUUCGCUCGGCUCCCAUCCUGCGUGCCGUCCAGCAGGACAUGACGCUGCAGGUUCCAGGCGCCAGCGGGCCGGGCACCAAGCUCCGCGCCGGUGAUCGCCUCGCCAUGUUCCCUCACCUGAGCCCCCACAUGGACCCCGAGGUCCACGCGGAUCCCGAGGUGGGGGAGGCUGCUGUCCGUGCGUGUCUGUCGUAGAGGCCAGGGCAAGUGCUCCGGUCUCCGCCCACCUGAAGAAAAACACUCGUUAAGAUGGAAUGGUCAAUUAGGUGGCAGUACAGCAAAUAAUCAUAGUAACAAUAUUGUAGUUAUACUGUGUUGGGAGGUUUUUUCUGGUUUUCUCCAGACUCCUCCCACACAGUCCCACAAGCUGAACAAGUAAUUUACUAAACAAUUCCAAGCAGGAUUGUGAUAUUCUUGCGACUGAGUGCAUCGUUCAUUUAAAAAAAAGGAGCACCUGAUUAGGCCAUCCUCUUGUUCCGCUCUGCCCUAUGGCAACCGCCUUGCAGCUCACCUGCCCAUCUGUG